AAACUCUUAUCAAUUCUGUUUACUAUUCACAAUUCACUCUCACUCUAUAAAUUCAUUUCUCUCUCACCCAAAAUCCCCAACUCUUCAAUAACACAGAAGCAGCAGUAGCCAUGGAUUUAGGAGAUCCGGAGUGGAAUGGAUUGGGCGUUGCAGGAACAAUUUAUGAAGAAGACGAAGAAGAUGAAGAUGAAUAUGAGGAAGAUGAUCAAGUUUCGUGUUCUAGCAUUCAAUCACUCGAAUUAGCCUCUUUGCCUAAUUCGACUCCUUCUCAUUCUCGAUUUUCCAGGCUUCAACCAUGGAAUUAUUUAUCGCUGGAUAGAAAGCAUGAUUAUCCUCCGGAUGUUGUGAUUCAUGUCCAGGACUCUUCCUUCGGACUUCACAAGGAAAUAUUAAUGGCGAGAAGUACCUUUUUGAAACGACAGCUGAGUCAUGAAUUCUCUGAAAUAACUCUCUCGCCGCCGUUAAACAUUACGGCGGAGACGUUCUCUUUGGUGGCGGAUUUCUGUUACGGAGACGUCGUCGUCAUAACUCCGAGGAACGUCGCGGCGCUUCGCACGGCGGCGGAGUUGCUCGGAAUGACAGAGGUUACCGAAACCGGUGAUGAAAAUUUGGUGCAGAAGUCGGAGGCGUAUUUUUCCGGUGUAAUUUCCGGUGGUAACAGCGACUGCGCGUCGAUUAUCCUCGAGUCGUGCUUCGAUUAUCUACCGGAGGCGGAGACUGCGGCGUCUCUCGUUAGCAGAUGCAUCCAGGCGUUGAGCUUGACGGCGGAAGCCGACGGCGAUUUCCGGUGGUUGGAUGAGGCUAAGCGGUUGCAGAUCGGAGAUCUGCAGUUGAUUUUGGAGGCGGUUAGUCGACGAUUAACCAACUCUCACGAUCUCGUCUACAGAAUCGUCGACGCUCAUCUGAAGGCGAACAUCGGAGGAGUCUCCGACGAACAGAAGAUCAAAAUGUGCAACUACAUCGAUUGCAGCAUUCUAUCUCCAAAAUUUCUGAUGCACGCAGUUCAGAAUCCAAGGAUGCCUCUCCGAUUCGUCGUCCAAGCUAUGUUCGUGGAGCAGUUAAACACACGCGCCUCCAUUAUCACCGCCGCCGACCACCAGAACCACCGCAAAGAAAAUCAAACUCUCGGCGCAAUCCUCCAGCGCGACGCCGCCCUCCGACAGGUGUCGCAGCUCAAAAGCAUAAUGACCGCCACCAACACGCGAAUCCAAACACUGGAGAAAGAACUCAGCGCGAUGAGAACGCUUAUAAAGGAAUCGGAAAGUAUUAAAAACCGGACCGACUCAACCCGGUCCGCCAGCUCCCGCUUCGGUUCAGAAAGCAACAAAAUCGGUCGGAACCAACUCGGCUCUAUAUCCGCCUUGAGUUAUCGCGACGCUUCCAAGAACGUCGGAGAAAUUCCGUCACCGUCCGACGAGAUUCCGGCGACCGGCGAGAAGAAUCUUGGCCGGAGGCUACUCAAUGGGUUAAAGAGCGUAUUUCGUCUGCAAAGGAAGAAAAGUGAUCAGAUCAAGGAAAAAAUCAAUAAUAAUAAUAAUAAUAAUAACAACAACAACAACGACAACAACAACGAACAAGAAGAAAGUGUGAUCGUAAUAAAAAAGGAUGCAAUCGCAUGUAAUAGGCGGCGUAAUCGAGAUUAUUCUUAAUUAAUUCUAGAAAAAGAAAAAAUCGGAAAUCCAUCGAUCAUCGAUGUUUGUAGGAUUUUGAGUGUUUGGUUUCGAUUUUGGUUUUGAUCAUAUUAAUUUUGAUUAACAUAAAGUAUUGUUGAAAUAGAGUAAAUUGUAUUGAUUUAAAUA